CGCUCCAGCCAUAUUGGGCUGUGGGGAGAAAGCGGCUCUAAUGUUCUAUGUCACCUGCAAAUAACCCGGGCGUUCGAAAAAGCACCUYCACCACCUCCACAACCCACACCAACACCACGUCCUCUCCACACACAAAAGUCCGUCAAAAUGAGCCCGGAAGGCUGGCUCCCGCAGCCCACCUUGCUCCUCACUGGCCUCACCUUGCUCCUGUCGCUGGCGCCCCCGGGACGGGGCAUGGAGGUCAUGGCCCCUGCCACCAUCAAUGCCUUGAAUGGCUCCUCCGUGAAACUCUCCUGCACCUUCAACUCCUGCUACAAGGUGGAGAACAAGCAGUUUUCCCUCAACUGGACRUACCAGGAGUGCAGUAACUGCUCGGAGGAGCUGUUCCUGCAGUUCCGCACGAAGAUCAUGAACAAGCAGCUGGACCGCUUCGGCAACCGGGUGGAGUUCACYGGCAACCCCGCCAAGUACGACGUGUCCUUCACCCUCAAAAACGUGCAGCUGGAGGACGAGGGCACCUACAACUGCUACGUGCUGAACCCCCCGGACCGGCACCGGGGCCACGGCAAGAUCAGCCUGAAGGUGCUCACCCAAGAGCCCCCGAAACACGACUCGACGGUGGCCGUGAUCGUGGGCGCCUCCGUGGGCGGCUUCCUGGCCGUGGUGAUCCUGGUGCUGAUGGUGGUGAAGUGCGUGCGCCGGAAAAAGCAGCAGAGGCUCAACACGGACGACCAGAARACGGAGGAGGAAGGGAAGACGGACGGCGAAGGCAACCCGGACGAGGGCACCAAGUAAUGGCCCCCGGCCCGCCCCUCCCUGCGCUCCCCUGUACAGCGUCACCCUCUUGAUGUGCUUCCCAGAGCAAGRAUUUCUGUCUCCCCAGAGCAUCCCUCCUUCCAUCCAAACACCCGAGCCAGCCUGGAGCAGGGUGCAGAGAGGUCCCCGGAGCCCGGCUGUGCUGGGCAGGGCUGGGGAGGUGGGGCUGGAGCCCCUGAGGCUGAGCUGGGACCAGCCUGUCCCCUGCUCUGAGUGCCACRGGAGGUGCUGGGGACAGGCUGGGGUGGGUGAGGGGGGACCGGUGUGGUCCCCACACAUGGAGAGACUGGAGCAGGGGGUGCCAGGAGGGGCAGAGGGCUCUGGGCAGCCCCGUGCCCAGCUGUCUGCUCCCUGGCCCGGUAGAAAAUACAAGCAGGGGCCAGCAGCCUGCCCUCGGGGACACGGCUCAUCCCUGUGUGCUCCUGCUGUGCCCAGGCCACUGGCACCAGUGUUCCCCUCCCGAGGGAUCCCGAGAGCUGCCAGGCUCCUCCUUGCAAGCCCUGUGUGCCAGUGCUGAGACAGAAAGCUCCUCAGGGACUGCCCCAGGCUGCUCAGAAGCUGGUGCCAGGGUAAUGCCCACCUGGUAUCCUGGAGCUCUGCGGUGUUUUGGAACCAUUAAUGGCUCUUGGUGGGUGAGGGAUGGACCCCUCUGCCUCUCGGGCUGUUUGUGGCUCUGAGCAUCUCAGCCCAAAGUGCUGGGCURACUUUUUUGUGCUCGUUUCUUUUUUGGGGAGGGUGAUUUCGAUGGAAAAUGUUCUGCUGUGGUGGGGAGUGCUGGGGUGAGGCUGCUCGAGACACAGAGCUGCUGAAGGGAGAGGGUUUGGGCACUUUGCUGGCAGGGGCUGGGCACAGCAGCAGGCCCGGAGUUAGGACAGCCCUGUCACCCUGGAGCAGGCCUGUGAUGCUGAGACUGCCUCCUGCAGCCUCCCUGCAGAGCACUGCACACCGUAACUGCCACGGCAAUGCACUGCCAGCGUGUCCAGCCCCGYGUGCCCCUGCCCCACCCGCCCGGUGAGCUGUGCUGGCUGCAGCAYGGGGGCUCAGGCAGGGACUGACCCAGGGAGUGCCCCUGGGGCACCGGGCCUGAGCUCUGCUUCUCCCGUGGCUGGCAGGAGGGGACAGCGCACGGAGCCGCAGGGGACACUGCCCAGGGGCAGGGGACAGGGGUUCUGUCACCCACGAGCAGCACUGCCAGGGGAGAAGGGACACCUUUGCAGUGUCCCUGUGUGGAGAGGGGACACCUUCUCAGUGUCCCUGUGCAGAGAGGGGACACCUUCACGGUGUCCCUAUGCA